AUGUCCGAAAAUGAGUUUAUGAACAUUUACGUUCAUCCUAUACUAAAGAAGGCGUUAUGGAGAUUUUCGGGCAUUUCUUAUGAACCUAGACCAAUUCAGGCAUCAGCUUACUGUGGAAACGCGAGCUACUCAGACGGUAUUGCAUAUACCACAGGCGAAAAGUCAUAUGAAAUUUCGGUUACCGAAGGUUCCAGACCAUAUGUUAUUGAUUAUGCGAAAGAAACGUCUAAUUAUAUCCAGAACGCGAGGGCAGUAAAGGACAUGAUAAACUUCACCGUUAUAUCUGAGGUAAAACUAAAGCGUGCACCACCAUUACAAAUAAGGGUUUUUAUGGUUCAAUGCAUUGGUCUUAGUCUUAGGUUCUACUUCAUGGAUUACUUGGGUGCAUAUCGACUUUUUGAAAUAGAAAAAUGUGAAAUUCCAACGGAUUUUACAGAAGUCAAUUCAUUUCCAUCUUUUUUCAAGGCUAUAAUAACUUGGGCGUUGAUGGUUGGUGAGGCUGAUAAAAGAUUUCAAAUGGUGGAUAAUAGAAGCACGCGAUACAGUUAUGCACAUAACCUCCGGCUCCUUUCAAAUCUAAAUACUAAUAAGCCGCGACCGGUUAAUUCGAAAAUCAUCAAAGAAGAACCAUCCGAAUAA